UGUUAAUGACAGAUCACUUCUGAAGGAGGCCCCCAGCCGCUGUCCAACAUCAUCUUCUCCAUGGACGAGGAGCGCGUGGCGCGGGUGAACAGCACGGGGCUGGUGCAGGGCGUGGCCAUGGGCAGUGCCACGGUCACAGCAGUGGUGCAGGCUGUGGAUGCAGAGACAGGGAGACUCGUGGUGGUGUCUCAGGACAAGGUGGAAGUGGAAGUGGUACAGCUGACAGCUGUCAGAAUUCGGGCACCCAUUACCCGGAUGAAAACUGGUACUCAGGUGAGUUGGUUUGGGAUUUGCUUCUCUUGCCUUAACAUGUUGAGCUGCACAUUGGGACCGUUCCUGUCAGACCAUCUGGUGAUGGCACUGCAGCUCCCAGUGGCACCAGGACUGCUGCAGGAGGGAAUGUGCUGGCAGAGAGAAGCUGCCCUGUGAGGGUGGGGAGGCCCUGGCACAGGUUG